AUGUGGGCCGUGCGAGCUGCAGUCUUGCUGGAGGCCGGCUUUUCUCGCGUGGCUCGGAGUAUCCUGUCACCGAGGGUCGCGCUCCAGCUGCCGCUCUGCCCCCAACGCGCGUUCGACUCUCGAGGACAUGGGAGUGCGGGGGAUGUGGAGGGGCGAGGGGGCAGGCAGUGGGGCUCACGGACUAAAGACCGGAGGAGCCGGGCGGUAGAAGAGCAAGAGGAGGAGCCAGACGAUGCGGAGGAAGAAGAGGAGCUACUGAGGGGGGACCCCUUGUUGCCAGCGGGGACCCAGCGCGUGUGCUUGAUUCAUCCUGAGGUCAAGCGGGGACCCGGCGAGCCGCAGCUACCGCGAGCCAAGUGGCAGUUGGCAGAAGCAGAAGCACUGGUGGGCACCCUAGAUAACUGGUCAGUCGUGGAGACGAUGGUGGUACCCACGAAAACACCCGACAAGAAGUCUUUGUUCAGCAAAGGCACCUUGGAGCACCUGACCGAGACAAUCCGAAGGUCCCCAGAAAUCACAGCUGUCUUCCUGAACGUAGAGCGCUUGGCCACACCCACCCAGAAGGAGCUGGAAGCAGCAUGGGGCGUGCAAGUGUUGGAUCGCUUCACCGUGGUGCUUCACAUCUUCCGCUGCAAUGCGCGUACACGUGAAGCCCGGCUGCAGGUGGCAUUGGCAGAGCUGCCCCUCCUGAGGGCAAGUCUGAGGGACGGCAGCAUCUAUCGCAACAGCAGAGGGGGCUCUCGCUACAUCAUGGGCUCAGGAGAAUCCUUCAUGCAGGUGCAGAAACGUCUAUUGAGAGAGAAGGAGAUGAAGAUCCAGAAGGCCUUGGAGAGACUCAAGGGGAAAAGACGCCUCCUGGGGAAGCAGCGGCAGCAGAGGGAACUGCCAGUUGUUUCACUGGUGGGGUACACGAACUGUGGAAAAACCACACUGGUGAAGGCACUGACAGGGGAUGCUGCCAUCCAACCCCGGGACCAGUUGUUUGCCACACUGGAUGUGACGGCCCAUGCAGGGUCACUGCCCUCCCGUAUGACUGUCAUUUACAUGGACACUAUUGGCUUCCUCUCCCAGCUGCCCCAUGGCCUCAUUGAGUCCUUUUCUGCCACACUGGAAGACGUAGCCCAGUCAGAUGUGAUUAUUCACGUGCGGGACCUAAGCCACCCUGAGGCUGAGCUACAGAAGGCCUGUGUCCUGUCUACACUGCAAAACCUGCACCUGCCUGCCCCACUACUUGCCUCCAUCAUAGAAGUUCACAACAAGGUGGACCUGGUGCCAGGGUACUGCCCCACAGGGACACAUGCCGUGGCCGUGUCUGCCCUUCUGGGAUACGGGUUGGAGGCGCUGAAAGCCAAAUUGGAAGAUGCUAUUUUGUUGGCAACAGGAAGACAGGUCCUUACCCUCCGAGUGCAGCUGGAGGGUCCACAGCUCAGCUGGCUGCACACAGAGGCCACAGUGCAGGAGGUGUCUGUGCUUCCCGAGGCUGGCGUCGCUGAUGUCACCGUCAUCAUCAGCAGCUCUGCUCUGGGCAAAUUCAGGAAGCUCUUUCCAGGGUAAAGAUUGUCCAGGCUCCUGCCUGCACCUUUGGGUGUGGCAGACACUUCCUCGCUGGCUCUAGUGUCCCAGAACAGCAUGUGAGCACCCUGUGCCUGUGGCUGAGCAAGACACUUGUCACCAGGCCUGCUGACCCUGCGUCAGGCCACACUUAUUCCAUCCAGGCCUGUUGAUCGCAGUGUCGGGCUAUGUUUAUUGCAUCAAGCCUCAGCCCGCUGACCCCUCCCAAAUCCCACAGUGUUGGAGAUAGAGGAACAGACAGCCCAUCAACCUGGCAGCCCAUGAAUGUGACGAGCCAGCAUCUGGCAUCAGGUGUGCUCACCCUCACAUCAGCCCCAGGGCCACAUUCCCCUCCUAUGUGCUGUGGCAAGUCACAUAAUUACUCUCCUUUCUGGGAGAAAUACAAACUUUCAAAAUUUGUUU